AUGGUUUCAACAGGGAUGCCGUUGGAUGCCGCUUGUUUACUUGCAAUGGCGCUGGAAGGCAUUCUAUACGGCUUCUCAGUCCUCAUGUUUAUGGGUACCAUCUAUUCUUUAACAUACGAACAACGCAUGCAGGACAUAAAUCGCCGAAUGGCCGUGGUGGCCAUCCUGCUGUUGAUACUGAGUACCGGGCACAUCGUCGCGAACAUCAUUCGUAUGGAAAAUGGGCUAGUGAAGUAUCGCGACACAUACCCAGGCGGGCCGGUGGCAUACUUCGCAGACCCUAGCCAGAACAUUUUUGCUGUCCUGCAUGCGUUUUACCUCCUACAAACUCUACUGGCUGAUGGGGUAGUGAUCUAUCGCUGUUAUGUUGUGUGGCGAUCAGGCUGGAUUAUAAUCCUACCAAGCCUGUUGUGGUGCAGUGCCGCAGCUACUGGUAUUUGUGUGGUCUACACCUAUCUGGAAGUCACAAGUACCUCCGGAAACUUCUACGCCAACGUGGUUGGCCAACCUACUCAGUGGGUUGCGGCAUUCUUUGCCUCGACUAUGGCAACGAAUGGAUUGAGUUCAGGAUUACUCGCAUAUCGCAUCUGGAUGAUUGAAAAGAAAAUCUCUGUAACUCGCGCUACGAAGGGCAAUUUGAUGCCAAUAGUGCGCGUGCUUCUGGAUGCCGCUGUUUUGUACACUGUGGUUCUCUUCAUCGCACUAAUAUGUUACCUGCUCUCGAACAAUGGAGAGGAACCCGCGCUGGAAAUGAUCACGCCGAUCAUAUCCAUUGCCUUCUACAUGGUCCUUAUUCGCAUCGCAAUCAACAGAGAGAAUUGCACAUAUACCGCGACCAAUGAGACGAAACUAAGCACUUUGCAGCAGUAUCCUAUGCAGGUUCAUGUAUCCGAAUAUACGCGCAGUGAUGAUACCCCAUCAUACGGAAUAGGGAAUGAAGACCAGCCAUCGACAUCGACGGAUGAGUCUAGAAAUGGGUCCUUGCAAGCAUAA